GCUUGGAGGACUUGAAACCAGCUCUAAACAGCUGGUGGAUUCUGUAGAAAACUCAGGAAAGUUGCUCGCUGGGGUCAGUGUAUCUGACGUGCCACACGAUGAACAGUAGAGCUGGAGAUCAGCGAGGUUCUUCUGUCCGAGUCCAGUCUUCUUUCCUACACUAACCUAUGAUAAUAAUCUAAAAGAUACUCUUUCCUGGGACAUAAGUAUGACCUAAGAUUGAUGACAGAGCUUCAGGUGUGAGUAAGAAAGAACCUAUUGGAGAUAAGGUGAGUCACAGACAUGGCCAGUAUACCAUGAACCAGGAAAAUGCCACCAAAGCCACGGAGAAGCCACCAUUUGAUCACUCCAGUUCUCAGGAUUCUUUGGACGAACUAUCUAUGGAAGACUAUUGGACAGAACUUGAAAAUAUCAAGAAAUCCAAUGAGAAUAGACAAGAAGACCAAGAGGUGGUGAUUAUUAAAGAACCUGAUGAGGGAGAAUUGGAAGAAGAGUGGCUCAAAGAGGCUGGUUUGUCCAAUCUCUUCGGCGAGUCUGCCGGAGAUCCUCAGGAAAGCAUGGUGUUUUUAUCGACAUUGACCCGGACCCAGGCAGCAGCUGUUCAGAAACGGGUAGAGACGGUCUCCCAGACCUUGAGGAAAAGAAACAAACAGCACCAGAUUCCUGAUGUCAGAGACAUAUUUGCUCAACAGAGAGAGCCAAAGGAAAAAACUCCAGAUGGCACCGAAUCACAGUCAGUCGGAACAAAUGAAAACAAAUACCCAGGAAAAGAUGAUCAGGCAUCUACCUUUGAUGGCAAAAAGGAGCCGAGCCCACUGGUGCCUGAAGAGGUACCUGCCUCUGAAGCGGAUAUCAACCUAGAGGUUUCAUUUGCAGAGCAAGCAGUCAGUCAGAAGGAGAGCUCAAAGAAGACACAAAAGAGCAGAGGCGAAGAUGCCCCGGUACCUAAUUUCAGAUUGCCAAAAGACAAAACGGGCACCACAAGGAUUGGUGACCUAGCACCCCAGGACAUGAAGAAAGUUUGCCAUUUAGCCCUAAUUGAGCUGACUGCCCUCUAUGAUGUAUUGGGUGUUGAAUUGAAACAACAAAAAGCUGUGAAAAUCAAAACAAAAGAUGCUGGCCUUUUUGGUGUUCCAUUGACAGUAUUGCUAGAACAAGAUCAGAGGAAAGUACCAGGAACUCGGAUACCCUUGAUCUUUCAAAAACUGGUUUCUCGAAUCGAAGAGGGAGGUUUGGAAACUGAAGGCCUCUUACGAAUACCAGGAGCUGCCAGUAGAAUCAAGAAUCUUUGCCAAGAAUUGGAAGCAAAGUUUUAUGAAGGAACUUUUAAUUGGGAAAGUGUCAAGCAACAUGAUGCAGCCAGCCUUCUCAAGCUCUUUAUUCGGGAGCUGCCCCAGCCCUUGCUCAGUGUAGAAUAUCUCAAAGCCUUUCAGACUGUCCAGAAUCUUCCAACCAAGAAGCAACAACUCCAAGCAUUGAAUCUUCUUGUCAUCCUCCUACCUGAUGCAAACAGGGACACGCUGAAGGCUCUGCUUGAAUUUCUCCAGAGAGUAAUUGACAAUAAAGAGAAAAAUAAAAUGACAGUCAUGAAUGUAGCAAUGGUGAUGGCCCCAAAUCUCUUUAUGUGUCAAGCAUUGGGUUUGAAGUCCAGCGAACAGCGAGAAUUUGCCAUGGCAGCUGGGACAGCUAAUAUCAUGCACUUAUUGAUGAAGUAUCAAAAACUUCUGUGGACAAUUCCCAAGUUUAUUGUCAAUCAAGUGAGGAAGCAAAACACGGAAAAUCAUAGAAAAGAUAAAAAAGCCAUGAAGAAACUGCUGAAGAAAAUGGCUUAUGACCGAGAAAAAUAUGAAAAGCAAGAAAAGAAUUCAAAUGAUGCUGACGUUCCUCAGGGAGUGAUUCGAGUGCAAGCUCCCCAUCUUUCGAAAGUUUCCAUGGCAAUACAGCUCACGGAAGAACUAAAAGCCAGUGAUGUUCUUGCCAGGUUUCUCAGCCAAGAAAGUGGGAUUGCUCAGACUCUCAAGAAAGGGGAAGUUUUUUUGUAUGAAAUCGGAGGAAAUAUUGGGGAACGCUGCCUGGAUGAUGACACUUACAUGAAGGACUUAUAUCAGCUCAACCCAAAUGCUGAGUGGGUUAUAAAGUCCAAGCCAUCACAGAAGACUUAACAAGCUGCAGAUAAACCAUAAGGACUUAAUAAUAUUGUCUGGGUCAAGAGUGUAAAUAAAAGAAAUGACAGGACUCUUUUAGUGUUCAACUGUACCCAACUAUGAAAAAGUGACACACUCAAGCCUUUAAAAAAUUAUGGAUUUGUGCUGCUGCCAGAAUGACAGGGUUUUUUUUUUUGUUGUUGUUAUUAAUGUUAUUAUUAGAAAAUGACUGUCUCUGGAAUGAGAGGAAAGAGGCUUAAUUGGCUUGUGGGCUAUUUUCAUAAACACCAUGAAAUGUGCCCAGGUGUGACAUAUGUUUUUCUCAUAUGAAAAUACACUCUCUUCCCUCUCACUUUUUUCUCUUAAAACCAUUUAUAUUAUAGUCUGUGCUUUCUCACCUUUCUCUCCUCCUCUUGACUCCCUUUCCCUAACUAGUGUACUUUGACCAAAAAGACUUUGUCGUGAUAACGAUGACAGGAAUGGUGAGUUGUUACGACAAUACAUCUCUAAACAGACUGAAGUCAACAGUUUUCCUGUCACCACAGAAUGUUAAUAUUCAUCUCUUUGAAUCAUUGGUUCAAAGAGUAACAUCUUACUUUUUCCUGCUGUAUCACAUGAAGCGAUUUUGAUUUUUUUCAGUUCAUCUGACGUGCACAGAACUGUAUCCACUAUCAAGAAUAUAGAACUGUCAGAAACUGCCAAUUAUUACUGAACCAUGAAAUAUGUAUAUAUGGAGAAUAAAUAAAAUAUAUCCAUGUGGAAGAACUGGAUUGUGGAUAACAAGAAGAGUACAAGCCAAACCACUUAGCAUAUGCUGUACUCCUCUAAAUGGAAUUUUAAAAGUCAUAGCUGGAUUUACCUGUUAUCGUGUUAGCAUUAUAAAUAUACAUUCAAGUAUAAUCUGGUAAUGGAGAAUGUAUUCUACUUAAAGAGGGAUUUUUUUACUUGUAGAUAAAUCUGCCGGAAGAGUUAUUCUUUUGGGUAUGACACAGUCACAUGAAAAAGCUUUUGUUUGUGUACUUAUUUUAAAUAAUCAGAAUAAAUUUAUUAAAAUGCUGUGGAAACUACUACUCCCAGGGAUUUUAAUGCACAAACCAUAUUGUGACAAGAGAUGAGCCACCAUACUGUACAUAAAAAAAUGGAAUGAGAGAGAAAUAUGAAAUAUUUUAUGAGUUCAGAGUAUAGUAAAUAAAAGGUGAAAUAAAUGAAUACUGCACAAACUGUGUUUAUGGUACUUUUAGUAGUACUUUAGGAAAAAUUAUGCGUUUUCAGAAGCUCUUGGUGUCACUCUAAUUAGGAAGGAAAAUGCCGUUAAUGAGAGCAGUCAUGAAUUUUAGCAUGUAAUUACAAGAGCAGCCUGUGGACAUGAUCAUUUAAAUAACUUUCUGGUGAUCAGUGCCAUUGCUUUUUUUAUUUAAAAAGAAAUUUUAUAAUUAAAUGCAUUUUUCUAAAUUAUCUUCUCUUGGAAUUAUUACUUUUAAUCCUAUGUGUUUACGAGUCUACCAAUGGAAUGUUUCUGUUACUAUUGUUAAAAGGCAUGUCUAUUCUUUCAUUACUUCUAUGUAAUUUUGAAAGUGGGAAAAUAUGUGGAAAAUAUAAACUUGUUUCCCUAAUUUUGGAGAUGACAUUUUGAAAUACACUGUUAACACUGUUUCUGGUUUUGACAAUAUGCAUUAAUUUCCCAACAGCAAAAUAAGGUUUGAUUUAAUGGCUUGACUUAAUUGAAAGGAAUUAACAGUAUAAAAAAAGGAAAAUUAAGUGCUUAAAACGUUUUAGAGGUGCAGAACUUCAAAAACAAGACAGGAGUGAAUACACUGAUUUCAAUAAUUGGUUUUCUAAAGUGAGUGCCAACUAAUUUUCACUGUGUUUACUACCUACCAAAGGGGAAAAAAAAAAAAAACAUAGGAGGCUUAUAAUGAAAAAGUACCAGAUCUUGAUAGAUAAAAAUACAGAUGCAA